GCGACACGCAUUCUUCUUGCGUAUUCUGAGCUGUCAUUAUGGAGCAGGCUGUUCCUCUGAACUCGUGGGAGGAGCAUCUGGAUCACUGGCAAACUUCAGCAACUUAGUCCAGUUCUCUUCCAUAAGGAAGUAUCGCUCCAUCGGGCCCUAGAAAACACUCAGCGGAAAACAGGCCCGCGUGCCUUGGCGCUUGUGUUUUUGCGACCUUUAAUCGUCUGUCAGGAACUAGGAGAGAAGCGGAUCCGAGAGGAAGAACAGACCGCAGGGCAGCGACCGACCGCGAUGAUGGCGUCCAUCGGUAACACCGGCAGCGCCUCUAGCCCGAUGGUCAUUCUCGCCCCCAAAACAAAGACCAAAAAGAAACAUUUCGUGCAGCAGAAGGUGAAAGUGUUCCGCGCGAGUGAUCCGAUGCUCAGCGUGUUCAUGUGGGGAGUGAAUCAUUCGAUAAAUGAUUUAAAUCAAGUUCCGGUGCCUGUCAUGCUGCUUCCUGAUGACUUCAAAGCCAACACCAAAAUCAAAGUGAACAAUCACCUCUUCAACAAGGAGAAUCUUCCAGGCCAUUUCAAAUUUAAGGAGUAUUGUCCGCAAGUCUUCAGGAACCUCAGGGAGAGAUUUGGAAUUGAAGAUCUUGACUACCAGGUGUCAGUGGCUCGCAGUCCUCCCACGAGAGGUGAGGGACAGGGUGAAGGUCUUCUCUUCACGUCCUACGACCGAACACUGGUAGUGAAGCAGAUUAACAGUGAAGAUGUAGCCGACAUGCAUAACAUUCUGACCGAGUAUCACCAGCAUAUAGUGAAGUGCCAUGGCAAUACUCUCCUCCCUCAGUUUCUGGGCAUGUAUCGUGUAACUGUGGAGAGUGAGGACACGUACCUGAUCAUCAUGAGGAACAUGUUCAGCCACAGACUUAUGGUCUACAGAAAAUACGAUCUGAAGGGAUCCCUGGUAGCUCGUGAGGCCAGCGACAAAGAGAAGGUGAAAGAUUUGCCCACAUUUAAGGACAUGGAUUUCAGAAACAACAUGCAGAAGGUGUAUGUGACUGAGGAACAGAAGGAGAAGAUUAUGGAGAAGUUGAACCGAGAUGUUGAGUUCCUGGUGAAGCUAAAGAUAAUGGACUACAGCCUGUUGCUAGGCAUCCAUGAUGUUGCACGUGCCGAGCGAGACGAGGAGGAGGCAGAGGAGCCCAGCUGUGAAGAGGAUGCAGAGUCUGAGAACGGCCUCACUUCGGCCGCACAGGUGGGCUCUUAUGGCACAUCGCCAGAGGGCAUCGCCGGUUACAUGAACUCCUUCAAGCCUCUGGGCCCUGGAGAAUUUGACCCUUACAUUGACGUUUACGCCGUCAAAAGCGCCCCAGGAGCACCGCAGAGGGAAGUGUACUUCAUGGGCCUCAUUGAUGUGUUGACGCAGUAUGACACUAAGAAGAAAGCUGCCCAUGCAGCAAAGACCGUUAAACAUGGCGCUGGUGCUGAAAUAUCUACGGUUCAUCCAGAACAGUAUGCCAAACGGUUCCGUGAAUUCAUCUCCAACAUUUUUGCAUAACCACUUCUGUGUAUCCUUAUCUACACCUAACAGGGCCAAUCUCACAAAAACAUGUCCAGGUUGCAUUUAAACCCAAAAAGCCUAUUGUUAGGAACAUUGCAAUAUUUUACAAUCUGAUAUUAUUUUCAUGACAAUUUAAGCAUGUUUUUAUCCCAAAAAAAUUCUACUUUUGUAAUUCUCAUCAUUCCUUAUUCUCUUUACUGUACUAGUUGUUUUUUGCUACAUUAAAAAUAAUGUAAUGCAUUGAUUUGAUUUAAAUCACCAUAUAUUAAAAGCAGUAUGACAAAUUAUACUUUGAUGCACUAGUACUUUUAAUAUUUUUUUUGCAUUACAGUAAUGAGAAAUGGGGGGAAAUAUGCUUAAUUGUCCUGAAAAUCUUGUCACAAUGCAAAAAAAUUGUGAUUCUAAAAAUAGGCUUCUUUUACUGUAAACAAAGUAUAAUUUCUUUCAUUUGAAUUGGGGCUGAAAUAUAACUCGGAUAUGUACUUGACAGUUUUCCUGAGAUUUACCCAAAAGAUCUUCACAGUUCACAUAGGUUGAUAUUUUGUUAUUAUAUGGUGGCCAACCUGACAUUCUCAUCCACACUACACUUAUGAACUGUGUAUUCACAAAUGAAAAGAACUAGAUUCAUAUGAAUCACCUUGUGACACAACCCACAAUCAUGGGAACAUUUCCUAAUCUUUUAAGGAGAUAUGACUCCGAACAUGUAGCAAUGACAUAACUUGUUAUUGGUGUGCUCUCUCUCUCCCUCCCUCCCUCCCUCUCUCUCUCUCUUUCUUUGGACUUUGGAAUGGCAGAGAGAGAAACAGUCUUAACCGAUUAUGGAGGAAUAGCAGUAACUCAUGUUGUCCAAUGCUUAAAGUGCAUGCUUGUUUCACUCGAUAAAUGCUGCACUAGAAUGUUAUGUGGGGAGGCAUGAAAGAAACUUUGUUAAAAUUGGUACCAGUGCCCCUUAGUAAGGGUCUUGUUUUAAAAAUAUUAUGAAUGCUGACUGUAUGGAUGAAUGGAGCACACAAUCUUAUUUUCUCUCAUGUGAGCAGUUAGCCUUAAUGCGCAAAAGUAGAAUUUUGUAGUUUAUAGUAUAAAUACUCCAGUAAUACUGAGCUGAUUUACUAAGAAAUGCCUUAUUGUUGCAUUUUAUUUCUUGUGCAAAUCAGUGUUUGGACCAAAUACACUGGCAGACAAAAGUUUGGAAUAAUGUAUAGAUUUGAUUGUCUUGGAAGGAAAUUGGUACUUUAAUUCACCAAAGUGGCAUUCAACUGAUCACAAUGUAUAGUCAGAACAUUACUGAUGUAAAAAAAAAAAAAAAAAAAACCAUCACUAUUUGAAAAAAGUCAUUUUUGAUCAAAUCUAGACAGGCCUCAUUUCCAGCAGCCAUCACUCCAACAUCUUAUCCUUGAGUAAUCAUGCUAAAUUGCUAAUUUGGUACUAGAAAAUCACUUGCCAUUAUAUCAAACACAGUUAAAAGCUAUUUGGUUUGUUAAAUGAAGCUUAACAUUGUCUUUGUUUUUGUUUUUGAGGUGCUACAGUAUGCAAUAGACUGGCAUGUCUUAAGGUCAAUAUUAGUUCAAAAAUUGCAAAAAAGAAAUGACUUUCUCUAGAAACUCAUCAGUCAAUCAUUGUUUUGAGGAAUGAAGGCUAUACAAUGCUUGAAAUUGCCAAAAAUCUCAUACAAAGGUAUGUUCUUCAAAGACAAAGGACUCUGUCUCUAACAAGGACAGAAAGAGAUGUGGAAGACCAGAUGUACAACUAAACAAGAGGAUAAGUACAUCAGAGUCUCUAGUUUGAGAAAUAGAUGCCUCACAUGUCCUCCGCUGACAGCUUCAUUGAAUUCUACCCGCUCAACACCAGUUUCAUGUACAACAGUAAAGAGAAGACUCAGGGAUGCAGGACUUAUGGGAAAAAUUGCAAAGAAAAAUACACUUUUGAAACAGAAAAACAAAUAGAAAAGUUCAGAGUGGGCAAAGAAACACAGACAUUGGACAACAGAUAAUUGGAAAAGAGUGUUAUGGAUCUUAACCCCAUUGAGCUUUUGUGGGAUCAGCUAGACUGUAAGGUGUGUGAGAAGUGCCCGACAAGACCGCCACAUCUAUGGCAAGUGCUACAGGAAGUGUGGGGUGAAAGAUCACCUGAGUAUCUGGACAAACUGACAGCUUGAAUGCCAAGGAUCUGCAAAGCUGUCAUUGCUGCACAUGGAAGAUUUUUUGAUGAAAACUCUUUGAAGUUGUUUAAGUGCUUAAAUCAAAUUGUAAUAGUAAGUUUUAACGUUAUCAAUGUCCUGACUUUACAUUGUGAUCAGUUGAAUGCUAUUUUGGUGAAUGAAAGUACCAAUUUCUUUACAUAAGAUCAAAACCUUAAAGUUGUCAUUAUUGUAAAAAUCAAGUUGUUGAAAUGUCGUUUUGGACUCAAAACUCAAAUAUUUAACUUCAUUGAACUUAUUUUUCUUAAAUAUUCAGACUUAAGAUUUGGAUUGUUAAUAACUCAAACUAUUGAGUACAAAAUUGAGGCUAUGGAGAAUACCCACAAUCCCUUGCUUCUUGAAUUAUGUUUUCUUGGUCCGGGGGAACAGAUUGGGGAAUUUAAAUAAUUGUUAUUAAAAAUUAAUAGAUGUUUAAGCUUUAUUAUUUAUGCUUUGUUGCAAAUAGAUGUUUGGUGUAAUGUCACCAUUAGGGCGAACUGUGUCUCUUUGGUCAAGUUGGACCCUGGUCACACUAUCUCAGUUCUCUUUGUGCAUGUGCAGCUGACGUGCAUAUAUGCAUUUCUGUCAAGAAUUAUUUAAUAACUGACCUAUAAUCAGUUAUCAUCUUUAUUUGAGCUGUGCUGUUGUUUGAUCUAAAAUUGAAUCAACUAAAAUGUACAACAGUAGAAAAAACAAUAUUUAAAUUCAAAUCUGAGUCCAUGUAACGAGGUAUUAGGGAAAGGAGGCGGCGAGAACCGGCUUAACAUAAAUAAUCAUUUAAUGAUUAACUUAAGCAAAAAGACAAACACAUGCCGGACAGCUUCCCGUUACUCUCUCUCGAACCGCUGACUCCUGUCGCCUUUAUCCCUCUCCGGCUUGAUUAGGGGCCACCCAAAUCUCUGCCACAGACUACUUGCAUGUAGUUAACUCAACUUAAAUAGUUAACUUCACUCUACUUGAAAACCAAGUUAAUUGAAAUUAAAUACUCAAGUUUUGGGAGAUCCCAUAACUCAAUGGAAUUGAGGGAAUGAGUUUAUUCAAUCAAAUGAGUGUAAUGAACUUAUUAGGGUUUUCAGUGUACAUUAUUCCAAACUUUUGGUCACUGGAUUAUAUUUUCCAGAGAUAUAAACAAAUUGUUCUGUUAUUUAUUCAUUUUAGGCUUGUCAGGCACAAUUACUGUAUGUCCAUAAUAGUUUUGAAUUUAAAUGGUAUUUUUAGAGUUGUUUUAACACCUCAAGAUGUUUUUACUUUAGGAAACAAUGUUACAUUGUGUUAACAAUGCAAGUAACAACCAACUGCAGUUACUAAUAAUGUACAAUAAAACACAUUUUUUAUCUA